CAACUUUAUUGUUUUUGUGUGGGUCUGGACUAAUAUACUUAGUAAAUAUUAUUUAAAUAGGAUUUAAAUCUAAUAAAAAGUUUAUUAUUUAUAUUGAAAAUGCCAGAGCAAAUUCAAAGUCAAAACUCCAGUUUAUUAAGCUUGGAAGAAAAUCAGAUGGUACUAAAAUUGUUGGGAAAUCGAUGCCAAUCGUUAGCAACUGCGGUAGUACAAUUGUACUAUACUGAAUACCCUCAUAAUGAAUGGAUAAAACGUUUCUCUGGAAUAUUAUGUUUUGUAAAAGAUAACACUAAAAAAAAUUAUUUUUUUAGACUACACUGUUUAGUCAAAAAUUUACAAGUGUGGGAACAAGAAAUGUAUGAAAAUAUGUCCUAUAUGGAGUCAACAAAAUUUUUACAUGUAUUUGAAGGAGAUGAAAGCUUGAUUGCCUUUAAUUUUGCUAGUAAGGAAGAAGCAAACACUUUUUAUAAUGCUGUAAACAAAAAAAUAGAACUAAGAAAGAAAAGAUCAGAAAAGAGAUCACUAAAUUCUUCAGUUCAAAAUAACAACUCCUCUAAUACAUUUCCAAAUUAUAAUAAUAAAAAAGAGGCAUAUGCAUCUAAUAAACAUUUAAAGAAACGAGGAAAGAUCUUAACUAAAGCUGAUAUUGGAACACCUACCGACUUUAAGCACAUAUCCCAUGUAGGUUGGAACCAAGACUCUGGAUUUGAUAUUGAUACUGAAGAUCAACAACUUAAAACAUUUUUUGAUAAGGCUGGAGUUUCUGAAAAACAGCUACAAGAUAAAGACACAAGGGAAUUUAUAUAUGAUUUUAUUAAUAAACAUGGAGGAAGAGAAGCAGUUGAAGAAACAAACAAAAGUCGAAAAGCUCCAAUGCCUCCCACAAUGGCCUCUGUACCCCCAGUACCACCAAGAGGUUCACAAAAACCUCCUCAUGUACGAGUUGCACCACCACCACCACCCAGUAGACCUCCGCCAAUACAAAAAGAAAGAACUGAAAUACCACCACCGCCAAUAAUGAAUAAUAACGCCGCAAAUAUUUCGGCACCACCGCCUCCACCGCCGCCUAUGGAUUUCCCCACCCAAAUGGAUGGAAAUAUUCCACCACCCCCACCUUUGACUUUAAUGGACAGUAUUAGGAAUGGAGCCAACCUAAAGCCUUGCGAGGAAAGGGUUAUAUCAGCAGCAGCUCCGCAAGAGGACGGAAGAAAUGCUUUACUGGAUCAAAUCCGUAAAGGAAUCACUUUAAAGCGACCGGAAGAGCGAGAAUUACCUUCGAAAGUGCCUCCUCAGAAGCCUGCAAGUGACGGUUGUGACCUUGCUGGUGCCUUACAAAGGGCAUUAGCCGAGCGCAAACUGGCUUUGACUCAAUCCGAAGAUGAUGACGACGACGAUGAUUCCAACGAUGAAGAAUGGAGCGAUUAAACGCGAGCAUUUUUUAUUUUUAUCUGCACUUUUGAAAUAUUUUUUAUGUAGAUUAUUAUACUUUAUUGUGUUAAAUGCGACUUUUUUUAAGUGUACAAGGUUUAUAUUUAUACAUAUUAUUAUUACUCAACAAAUUAUUUCAUUGCAAAAAUAUAAUUUAUAAAAAUUAUUUUUUUUUUGCCUUUUUACAUUUUUG